AUGGCGCAACCGAACCAGGGCCAGCCCGGCGCGGCCCCGAUGCAGGGAGUUCAGAUGGGGGGAGGGCAAGUUGUGCCACAACAAGCUGCGCCGGCGGGAUUCCAGGUAGUGGAUCCACAGAAAGUAACCCAAGGACCGAUGACUGGACAGUACACGGGGCCCCUGAUAAGAGACGGCAAGAAACAAAAAUAUCGUUGGUCUUUUUACAAAUUCCGUGAGGAGGGUUUCAACAUCAGGGUAAACGAUGUGGUACUUCCAGACCCUUACCUUCCGCCGAUGGUACCCUUCCCAAAGAUGUACAAGGGCCCGAGCCCGUCUACAAAGUUCCCUCAUUCCCGUUCGCGUACGAGAUUUGCCAAGAUUUUCGGUGCCGCCUUCUUUCCGGGAGGUACACCAAACAAAUUCACCAAGGACCCGCUGGCACCGGCGGCUCGAGACACGCUGAAAGACUAUCUUGACGACUGCGUGCUCGGAUGGGGCGGGAACGGGCUCGCUUGCCUGUUUCAAGGCACCGACGGGACUGGCAAGACUAGACCAGUUGUGGCCAAAACAACUCUGAGACCGGGUCAUGCCCAUGGCCUGCUCCAGGAAGCUGGGUUUCAAGAAGAGUUCGAGGACUGCGAACAUAUUGUUCAGCUCGAAGACAUGAGUGAAUUCCAACUUCCGAUCGAUGCUCCGGCGCCGGGCGAGCGUCUGCCCAGUUCAAAUCCUACUGAGCCUGUAGCGACGCCGCAUGUGAUUUUGCUGGAAUAUCUGGCAAAUGGCAGUUUGGCACAAGUGAUUUCCAACUUGUGGUACUCGGGCACGCCUCGCCCCCCUCCAAACUGGUUCCUGUGGGAAAUAUGGCAAUGCAUGCUGAGGGCGAUCUUCGAGUUUGAGUUCCCUCGGAAUAAAAGGGCUUAUAACGACCGGGGUUUAAUUGAUACGACACUCAUGGAUCUUCGCGGCGAGAACAAUGUUCAUUUCGACAUUGAUCCAUCCAACUACAUCGUUGGCGACCGGAACGAAGGCUAUCCUGAUGAUUCUCACGGGUUGGUCCCUAUACUGAAGAUGUCAGAUUUCGGCCUGUCCAUCAAGGUAACCCCGGAGAUUCUUCGUAAUCCGUAA